AUGCCUGCGUGGAGUCACAGCCGCGCUACCACGCCUGGCCCUGGGCGCGGUCGCAGUGUGACUCCCGGCGUCGCGCUGAACGAAGGUCCCCUCGACCUCAUCCAGUCCAUCAACCUGCUCACCUACCGCAUCAACUCGACGGCCCAGGACCUCUUUCUCGGCGCACAGCAGCCGGCCGUCUUCACUCCGCUAACCUGCGACCAGGUCAUUGUAGGUCUUGCCGCGCUCCAAUCGGCCGUCUCGGACCUUUCUCGCGCCUACAUCAACCACGCCAACACGGUGCUUAACCGCGGACCGUCAUCCAUUGAUAUCGGCGGCCUCAACUCGCUGCUGGAGAAUGGGAUCUUCCCUUCCAGCGUUGCCGGUGCCGGUGCUGGUGCUGGUGGAGAGGGCGAGAAUGGCGCUUCUGCCGACGCUGCAGGCCGAGCUGCGAGCCCGGGAGCGCGUUCGGUAGCCGGCACCAAGCGCAAGCGUGUCCAUGAUCCCAAUGCGCCCAAGAGAGCUCUCACGGCGUACUUCCUGUACAUGAAGCAUGAGCGAGCCAACAUUGCUGCCGAGCUGGGUGCCAAUGCCCGUCCAAAGGAGGUCGCGGAUGAGGGAACGCGUCGAUGGGGGAAGAUGCCUCCCCAGGAGAAACAGAAAUGGAAAGAUAUGUAUGCCGAAAACCUGGCCAUCUACAACGAGGAGAUGAGCGCAUACAAGGCCAGUCUGCCACCGGGACACAAGGUCGACAGCACUGUGCCAGCCACCCCCAAGCCAGCCAAGGCAGCAAAGACGUCAAAGACCAGUAAGCCAUCGACCAAGGAGGCAGCCAGACAGGACGAUGAUCACGACGCAGCAGCAGAGGAGCAGCUCCAACAGGCCGUCCGCGAAGCCACCACAGAGAACUCCUCUUCCGAGUCAGACUCGUCGGAUAGCGAGAGUGCAGAUGCCACUCCAACCCCGUCUCCGCCCAAGCCGACGCCCAAGUCGCAGAAACGUCGUCAGUCCAAGGCUGCUGCCGCCGCCGCCGCCGCUGCACCAGCGCCGGAACCCGUCAUCGAGACGCCUACUCCAGCACCCAAGAAGCCGUCCCCGGAGAAGAAGGAGAGGAAGGGCAAGAGUAAGGACAAGGAUAGACGUGCCUCGACCGCUGCUGUCCCAGUGGCCGUCCCGUCACCCGCCCCGGAGCCACCCAAGUCCGAGAAGAAGCCCAGAAAGAAGCGUAAGAGCACAGUUGACGAGUAA